AUGAGAAGCAUUAAAUCCGUCGUGGUAGGCGACGGAGGCGUGGGAAAAACAUGCCUUUUGAUCUCGUACACCACCAACACUUUCCCCGAUGACUACAUUCCCACGGUUUUCGACAACUACCUGGCAUCUGUGAUGAUCGACGGCGAGCCCAUCAAGCUUGGGUUGUGGGAUACCGCCGGCCAGGCCGAAUAUGACCGUCUAAGACCUCUCUCGUAUCCGCAAACAGAGGUAUUUUUGUGCUGUUUUUCGGUAAUUUCUCCAGCUUCUUUUCAAAACAUUAGAGCUAAAUGGAUCCCUGAGAUUCGCCACCACUCGCCUAAGGACACCCUUGUGAUCAUCGUGGGCACCAAAGCGGAUUUGCGUGACGAUCCGCAUGUGCUCGACGAAUUGGCCGAUAAAAACGAAAAACCCAUCAGUUUAGAACAGGGUCACAAGCUCGCCAAAGAGGUGGGUGCCAUCAGGUACCUCGAGUGCUCUGCUGCUACCCAGCAGGGAGUAAGAGAGGUGUUUGAUUUUGCGAUCCGAGCGGUUUUGGAUCCGCCAAAGGCAGAUGAUGAAGUGGUGAUCAAGAAGAACAAUCCUGCUGCCGUUAGCCAGAACGGCCCCACCAAGAAAAAAGUGAAGCGGGCAAAGAAAUGUACGAUUUUAUAG